AUUGGAAUACAAUUGUACUUGUGUUUGAAAAGGAACUUUGAGCUCAGAUCUCGGGUCUCUCUUCUUAACACGAGAAUCCAAUGGUCACUGACUCACUGGGAAGUCCGUUUGGAGUUCCCAUUUCAUGCGCAUCAGAGCGCAUUAUAGCAAUCUGACCUCCAUAUUCCCUUUAUAAAUAGGCCGAGAAAGGCGGUAAUUUCUUUUCAUGAUUUCAAAAUCAAAAACAUACCAAUAUCAUCCAUAGUUUCAGAAACCCUCCAACCCAAGCCCGCCCACAAAUUUUCUCUCUCACACACGCACACACAAAACAACCCCCCACCCUCCUCUCUAAAGUUAGGUUAGUCUCUCUCCGGUGACUACUGAGUGUGAGAGCUUAGCAGUAGUGAAUCGAUCAUGGACGAGAACGCUGUUCACGGGGUUGAAGAAGGUCAAGAUGGUAAAAUCAUCCAGAUUGCCUAUACGGACGGGAAACGAUGUCGUAAGGGUAAGGGCUGUUACGAAGAAAAAACUGAUGAUGAUGAUGAUGAUGAUGAUGAUGAAGCAGUAGCAGGUCCUCGGAGGCGAGGUCGGAAGAAGAAGAAUAAGGUAGAGAAUCCAGAUUCCUCUACUGCUGCCGAAAAGGGGAAAGGAAAGGCUCCUUCCACAGUGAAGAAGGAGGAGGGAAAGGGAGGGGAAAACGAAAAGUUGCAGGAAAAUCAAGAAAAAACUGAUGGUGACUUCCACGGGGGAAGAGUAGCAUCAGGUCCUCGGAAGCGAGGUCGGAAAAGGAAGGGAGAGAAUCGGGAUUCCUCCACUGCCGAAGAGGGGAAAGGAAAUGGUAUUCUCUCAUUGAAGGAGGAUAAGGGCCAGGAAAACGAAAUAUUGCAGGAAAGUCAAGAAAAAACUGAUGAUUUUUGUGGGGGAAGUGUAGUAUCGCUUCCGAGGAAGCGAGGAAGGAAAAAGAAGGGAGAGAAUCGAAAUUCCUCCACUGCCGAAGAGGGGAAAAGUAUAGGCUUUGAUGAAAAAUUGCAGGAAGAUCAAGAGAAAAAUGACGAUUUCCAUGGGGAAAGAGUAGUACAAGCUCCUAGGAAGCGAGGAAGGAAAAAGAAGGUAGAUAAUCAAGAUCCCUCCGCAGCCAAAGAGGGGAAAGGAAAUGGUAUUCUCUCCGUGAAGGAGGAAAAGGGAGAGAAAAGUAUAGUCCAUGAAAAAUUGCAGGAAGAUCAAGUGAAAAAUGAUGAUUUCCAUGGGGGGAGAGUAGCACUCGCUCCUCGGCAGCGAGGAAGGAAAAAGAAGGUAGAUAAUCAAGAUCCCUCCGCAGCCAAAGAGGGGAAAGGAAAUGGUAUUCUUUCAGUGAAGGAGGAAAAGGAUGGGGAAAAGGGGAUUAUGGGUGACAGAAUAGCGGACUUCUUCGAUUCUGAGGAGGACAAAGACGAUAAGCCAAAGAGAAGAAGCGGUCAGAAGAGGAAGAAGAAGGUUCAGAAGAAGGAAAAGGGUGAUUCUGUGAUGGCAGCGAAUGCCCCAGAAGGCAGUAAGAAGAGGAGGAGGAAGCCACAGUUGAAAGAGGUUAGGGUUUCUCCAGAAGGUGAAGACGAAGAUUUGGUAGGAGGAUUCAUUAAUGUGAAGGGGGAGGGAAAUUACAAUGGUUCAGAUAUAAGUAGAACCAAGGGUUAUGCACUUAGAGCUUCAAAAAAUGUCAAACAAGAGCCUGUAUCGAAGCUGAAGGGUGCAAAGAAGAAGGAUGAGAACGGAAAUGGAGUUGAGUCCAAUAUGUGUCACCAGUGCCAGAGGAAUGAUAAAGGCCGAGUUGUUCGAUGCACAAAAUGUAAGAGGAAGCGAUAUUGUGUCCCUUGCAUGACUAGAUGGUACCCUAAGAUGCCAGAGGAGGCUUUUGCUGAUGCCUGCCCUGUUUGUCGCGAAAAUUGCAAUUGCAAAUCAUGUUUGCGUUUAGAUGUACCACUUAAAGACCUAAAGAAUUUAAAAACGGAUGUCAACGAUAAUGAUAAAGUUGAGCACUCCAAAUAUAUUUUACAAUUGCUUCUCCCAAUUUUGAAGCAAUUUAAUCUGGAACGGAUAAUGGAGAAAGAGCUGGAGGCUAGCAUACAAGGGUUAUCGUUGUCAGAGAUAAUGCUGCAACAGGCAAAAUGUUCUCUUAAGGAACGCAUCUAUUGCAACAAUUGCAAAACUUCCAUUGUUGACUUCCACAGAAGCUGUCCAAAAUGUGCUUAUGACCUAUGCCUUACUUGUUGUCGGGAGUUCCGUGGUGGCAAAUUGCAGGGAGGUGAGCCGGAAGUUAUUAUGCAUUAUAUUGACAAUGGGCCAGAGUACUUGCAUGGUAAAGAUUCUAAAAAAGAGAGAGAAACUUCAGUUGUACCAGUUGAAGAUUGCUCUGUGGAUCAUGUUAAGUCAACAUCUGAGCAGAGAGCCGAGGAAUAUGGUAGAAUUCCUUCAGGUAUACCUGUUGAAACUAGCUCGGUGGAUCAUGUUAAGUCAACAUCUGAUUGGAAAGCGGAAAAUGGUAGAAUUCCUUGUCCUCCAGAAAGCAUGGGUGGUUGUGGUCACGGGAUUCUAGAAUUGAAGUGUAUCUUCCCAGAAGAUUGGCUUUCAGAAUUGUUAGUUAAAGCAGAAGAAAUAGCCACUACAUACAAACUUAAGGAUGUGCCUGAGAUUCAUGACCAACGGUGCUCCUGUUUCAACUCUAUGGGCGAAAUUGACAUGGACAGCGGUGAUUUACGGAAAGCAGCUUCUAGAGAAGAUUCCAGUGACAACUAUUUGUACUGUCCUACAGCCAAAGACAUUGAACAUGGGGAUUUGAAGCAUUUUCAGCGGCAUUGGUUCAAAGGGGAACCUGUGAUUGUCAAUAAUGUGCUUGAAACAACUUCUGGUUUGAGCUGGGAACCAAUGGUUAUGUGGCGUGCAUUCCGUCAGAUCAAGAAUACCAAGCAUUCUCUACAUCUGGAUGUAAAUGCCAUUAAUUGCUUGGACUGGUGUGAGGUAGAAAUUAAUAUCCACCAAUUCUUUAAAGGGUAUCUGGAGGGCCGAUCUGACAGUGAUGGAUGGCCUCAGAUUCUGAAGUUGAAAGACUGGCCCCCUUCUAGUUUUUUUGAGGAACGCCUGCCACGUCAUGGUGCUGAGUUCAUAAGUUGCUUGCCCUUCAAAGAAUAUACACAUCCUCGGGAGGGCUUCCUAAAUCUUGCUGUCAAAUUACCUAAAAAUUCUUUGAAGCCGGACUUGGGGCCAAAGACAUAUAUUGCAUAUGGAAUUGCUCAGGAGCUGGGACGUGGAGAUUCUGUAACCAAGCUUCACUGUGAUAUGUCUGAUGCGGUGAAUGUGUUGACACAUACUGAAGCAGUGACGCCCACACCAGGCCAACUUCGUAGUAUAAAAAAGUUCAAACAACAACACAAUGCUCAGGAUGAAAUAGAAUUCUUCAGAAACAGUCAGACAUUGAGCCAAGUGGUUGAGAAGCAUCCGCUAUCCAAGGAGAAUUGUAUUACAGGUUCCUUCAAAAUUCAGUCAGAUACAAAUGCUACUACUGAAGCAUCAAGCCAGCAUUUGGAUGUUUGUGGGGCUCGAAGCAUGCCUAUGAAUGUUAAACAACAUAUUGAUGGUGUUGAUGAGGAAAAUGGUGGUACUUUUGCUGAAGCAACUAUUGAUAUCACUGCUCAACAACAUGGGGACAAUGGUGUUUCUGGCUUGAAAAGGCGAUAUUUCACACAAAAAUUGAUGUUGGAAGAAAAGAUGGGCAUGAAAGAAGAAGCCAAAGAGAUGAGAGAAUUUGAUGCCCAGACUGAUGAGAACAUGCUAAAUGUUCGAGUUGAAGUGGAGAGAAGCUCACAUAGUGUUGAUAAUGGAGAAAAAGUGAAUGAAAUUGCUGGAUGUGGAGAAAGUGCAAAUGGGAGUGCCCCUCUUGCUGGUGGGGAUGAAGCACGUGAUGGUAGUUGCAGAACCACAAGUAGUGAAUUAAAUGAUGUUGUCUCAGAGAAACUGGUUGAAAAAUCUGCUUCUGGUUUGCCAUCUGAAGAGACAAUUAGCAAUGACGAGAUUGAAGAAAGUAACAAGAGAAGUACAGAUCCUCAAAGAAGAAAGAGAAAGAGGGGGACUUCGCAUGCAGGCUCAAUGGGAGGGGGCAGAAAGGAUAAUGAUGGGAUGGUAAUUAGUUGCGAGCAAAAUAUUUCUGAAUCUUCUGAGUCAAGUGAAGAGGCAAAAAUGGAUCGAUAUAAAACAGGUGAGAGUAGUGUCUCUGAAACUUCUGCAAAUAGUUUAGAAGGGUUUGAACACAUAGAGGGCGGUGCUGUCUGGGACAUUUUCCGGAGAAAAGAUGUUCCUAAAUUGCAGGAAUAUCUUAGGAAACACUUCAGGGAAUUCAGGCAUAUUUUUUGCUCUCCAUUACAGCAGGUUGUUCACCCCAUUCAUGACCAAACCUUUUACUUGACUCUGGAGCACAAGAGAAGACUUAAGGAGGAAUAUGGAAUUGAACCAUGGACUUUUGUGCAAAAUUUGGGAGAUGCAGUUUUUAUACCUGCCGGUUGUCCUCAUCAAGUUAGAAAUUUGAAGUCAUGCAUAAAGGUAGCUCUUGACUUUGUCUCACCUGAUAAUGUUCACGAGUGCAUUCGCUUGACAGAGGAAUUCCGCAUACUUCCCCAAAAUCAUAGGGCUAAAGAAGAUAAGCUGGAGGUGAAGAAAAUGGCCCUUCAUGCAAUGAAAGAGGCUGUGAAGGAGUUGGAAAAUUAUACUGUGUCUCAGAGUGUUGAGGAAGUUCAGUAAACUAAGUUCGAAAAUAUGCAUCCGUGUCUGACAUCAAAAGAGGAUGCCUUUUGCUAGAGAAGAAGGUUCUUUUUACUGAAAUUGUAUAAGCCGCUGUGUUACAUUACACUAUGUGAUUUGAAGUUUGGUGUAUUUUAAUUGAUCUCAUAGAAGCCUGUUGCCUAUCCUCUGUAUUCUUACUGUUUCUAUUUUGUCGAGCACCUUUUGAAGAUGGUAUUAGGAUGUAGUGUGUUUUUGUUCACACAUUAAUUUGCAUAUAUUUUUUUAGGAUGAAUAUAUAUAUAUAUAUAUAUAUAUAUAUAUAUUUGUGUAGAAUGCAGGAAUUUUGAUUUUUAUUCUUCUAUAAUGUGGAGAAUGUAUACAAUAUCAUGGGGUACUCACCAUGCCGAAACUACUUUCUGAGCCAUGGAAUGCAAAAACAUCUUACUGUUUCCAUUUUGUCAA